GGUUGGUAACGCUGAACGGUAGCUCGUGGCGACUGGUAGCGACUCCUGGUGAUGGGCAACCAAAACGAGCGUCGCGGAAAUAAUUAUCGCGAUUUAUGUUAUUUGCAAAUGCCGAGGUUGUUAAUUAAUUAAAGAAUGACGGGCGGAGGCAAAUAGGGGUGCUUUUGGGGCUUGCGAGUUUCCCGUGAGUUUGUGAAUGGGAAGCAAGCGGGCUCGGGGUGAGUACAGGAAAAUCUUGGGAGAAUUUGGAAUCGGCCUCCGUGGUUAAGCUCUUUUUUAAAGGGGGGCGGUGGCUCGCGCAAGUGUUUUUUUCUCCCUCCUGUCCCGCUGCUCUGCAUCUCGAAAACAACAAUGGCCGAAAGCGACGAAUUAACGAAUUUGUGCUGCCUAAUGAACGCCCGGGAAUUGAAAUGCUUGAAAUUUCCAUGGGCAGAGGAUCCCUUUGGGUCUGUCCUUACACGGAAACUCAUUUUAUGCACCUAUCCAAAUGCAUACGAAUGGACUUGGCAGAAACUAUGAAAAAUAUUGUUGCUAAAGGUAUGCAGACUGAGAUGGGUCCACCAGGAGGAGGUUCAGGUUAUCCUGGUAGUGCAAGUGGUGCAGGAUACGUCACAGAAAAGAUGUACAUGCUUCUACAGCUAUAUCUUCAAAAUAAAGGAUGGAAUCCGAGUAUAGAAUUGUUACAGUGUUUCUCUGAACUCAAGGAGGCCUCCAUGAUGCCAAGUGCAGCGUAUUUACAAAUGAUGGCAUCCAGAGUAGCAUUGGACUCCCAAGGAAGGCUGGUCCUUAGGGAAAAUGGUAAGAUAAUACUUCCUUAUGAACAUUUCGCCAACGCCGUCAUGUUAAAGCACAUGAAUGGGCCGCACGGUUUGCAUUUGGGCCUGGAGGGUACAGUGCGCGCCGUCAUGGAAUCGUAUACGAUCGGCCGCGAGUGCUUCGGAAUGGAAAAGGAAUUCAUCAUUGAAGUGGUGCAAAACUGUCCAAAUCCCGCGUGUCGUUAUUACAAAAAUCAACUGGAACUGACCCAGAAAAUGGGCCAUAUGGCUCCCACGUACAUACAAGACAACGAGACCACCGCUUCGCUUUUGCGUUCCAGCUUCCCUCAUAGUACAGACUUCCAAGCGGCUCUGAGCGGAGCUGCUCAAAACACGCACAUGGGUGGUACGACUGUGGAUUUAACGGAAAUGCGUGGUGCUGGAAAUCAAGUAAAUCUUCAACGUCCGCCGAGUCGUCCGUCCUUGAAUAUACCUCAUCGGCCAGGACCCCAAGAUAAAAAGCCUAAUGUAAAGCAGCACUAUGAGUCACUGAUACCCACCGUCCAAAUUUCUGAUCACAAGUUGACAGAUUUUUUACGCACGAAUUUGGACAACUUGGAUGGUCUCAGUGGAUUGGGAUUAGGAAAUCUUCAAGGUUUAGGAAAUGCUAAUAAGGAUCUUCUGGCGUUACAUAAUGGUGCUUGGUCGAUGGACGGUGAUAAAAGUUCACGAUCAUCCUCUUCUAAUUCGGAAGGCGGACAGGAGAAGAUAGUGAGAGCUUUCGCCGAAGUCAUGAAAAACAUGGCGAGGAUGAAGGCAUGUGUGCGUCCAGCGAUGUGCAAACCUUAUGGCAAGCAGUCGGAGGCCUUACAAAAAACAUUGGUUGACACUAUACAGCUUGUACAGUCAUUGAGGAGUUUCUUGCCACCGCCACAUAUUCCAGUUUCCAGCUGGAAGAAUGAAGACAAACAUCGGUUAGAUCAUACUGGCACUUCGUAUCUUCCUACAUUGAAGGCAGGGGGACUUGAAGAUAUGUGUGAGCAGCGAAAAUUGGACUAAGUAAGACAGUUGGUCCUGUCUUUGUAUUCUGCGGUGUAUCUAGUCAAAAAAAGAGGAACUAUCAGAGGAGAUAAUGUGUUGGGCCCAUUUCAAGAAAAGAGAACAAACAAACAAAUAAACAGGAAGUGGGUCUGAAUGGUUUGCUCAAAAAAGAUGUUGGCGUUUAGGACUUGAGAAUAGUGGGAGGUAAAACGAGUCAUGCGUGGACUGUGAUAAACGUGGGUAGUGACAACAAAAAAAGGGAAAAACGACUUCAAACACACACGCGCGCGCGCGCGAGCACACACACACACACACACACACACACACACACACAAAUGUAGGUUCGAACUCACGUUGUAGUUCUGUCUUUCUCUUUAUUAUUUUCUUCUCGUCGGGAAUUCCGCUCCGAAUCCUACACGCGGAGACUAUUAGGAUUUUUCAGUGAUUGUCAUUUUUUUUUGCCAAUGGUGCUCGUCGCGACAUUUUCUAAUAACGAAGUAUACUUUUUCGUAUUUUUAUAUGCGCUCAGAUUGGCGUAGAAUCUCAAUCGAAGAAGUACUAUUACGUGCUUUAGAAACUUUCACGUAAAUCCUAGGUGAAGUUUUUCAUCGAUUUGUGUUUAAUAUUAAGCAAUCAGCGAAGAGAAGAAGAAUGAAUAGGAAGGAAAAAAUAAGGAUAUCGAGGCUAUUAUCGUUAUGCAUUAAUUUUCCCUUGGUGAAUUCAUCGACUAGCUGAGUAAUCUGGCCAAAUAUUUUCAAUUUGUUGCACGGGAUUCGUAGUGCAGCUUACAAUUGCGUAACAUAUAAAAUUGAAUCAAACUCAAAAUUAAACCUGCGCAAAUAAAGAAAUUUCCAGACAGUUUUAAGUAAUUGUAAUCGCAUCUGAGUUGCAUUUAUCGGAGGCGACUUUACGCAGCUAAUGUGCAUAACACUUAGAUAAAUAAACUGUAAUUGCAUUUCUGACCAUCCGAUGUACACGUGUAUCUAUUGGUCUUGGCAGUAUUUGAAUUAUGCUAUUAUAUUGACAUUUUUUAAAACGUGCAUACGUUUUUUCGAAAUUUGCCAGUUUUCGAGCUAUUUAAUAGCAAAAAUCCGAAUGACUGAAUGUGAAUGUAUGUUACUAUUUCUAUAUAUACAUAUAUAUAUAUA